CCUGAGUCCAUCGCUGUUUGUAGGGAAGGCAACCUGGCGCUUGUGAAGAGACUGGCGCAAACGUCCUUUUUUUGGGCGAACGAGACGAGCCAGCGAACGUCCUGGUCGGCCAUGUGCAAUGUGGUCCACUGGGAAGAAAAGUGUGGGGGUGCGAUGCUUGGAAGAGGAGACCGAGAUCUUCAAUAGGCGCCUUGCUCGCAUGGACGAGCAGCUGCGGCGCCUGCAGAAUCAUGAUUGGCGGCCCAAGAAUUUCCGUGCGAAGCAUGGAAAAGUGCCUUUGGUCAGAGCAGAGGAGAGCCACCUCGAGCUCGGUGCGUCACAGGUGGCAUCGCCCUUGCGAAGCAGUGCACCCAGUAGUGAGGCCUCUUCGAGUGCGCCAGGGCUGUCGCCUGGGGAAGCUGGAAGUAGCUCACAGGCAGUGCUGAGCGAGAGCAGUGCCGUGACGACCUCCGCAAGCGCGGGAGCAGCAGCCCUCGAGGCGGCUCAGCAGCGGGAGCAGCAGCUGCGCACCGAGCUGGCAGCUGCCCGGCAGGAGGUGGAGCAGAUGAGCAGCUUGGUCCAGGACAGGGAGCAGCAGAUCCGGCGGCUGGCUGUGGACUCCUCCCCAGAGUCUGACCAAACCAGGCACCACCCGGACGACACGGCCGAGAUGCUCCGCGCCGAGCUGGCCGAGCGGGAGCGGGAGGUCGCCACCUUGCGGCAGGCGGAGUGCCUGGUGGAGAGGCAGGCAGCGGCCCAGCUGCGGCAAGCCAGGGUGGAGCUGGCAGAGACCCGAAGGCAGCAAGAGAUCUUGGGGCUGGAGAUGCAGGAAGCGGAGAUCCAGCGACGGGAAGCGCAGAGCAGCGCGACUUCGGGGCUCUCGCUGCUGCAGAUGCUGCGGUUGCCGCAGGAGGCACCGGCGGAAGUGAAGCGGGCGCACCUGAGAGAGGCGGUGGUCGCCUUAAAGCAAUUGGUCCAGGAGCUCAGUUCGAACGAGGAGCCCGUCCAUCACGGACCUCCAUGUAGCGAGUUGAGGUCUGCGCUGGAACCACCUCACCCGCCUCCCGCCAUGGUCAAGGUGGAGAGUGUGGAGACGACCAUUUGCUCAAUGCCUUCUAUCCCCGAGGAAGAUUCCGCAUGCUCAUCCAGCCCCUGUAGUCCGGCCGCUGACCCCUCUUGGUAGGCCCUACGUAGGCCAUGGUCUUGUUUGAAUUGAAGCCUCCCGGCCCGCGGUGCUAACAGGAAAGUUUCACAUGAAGAGCCAGGGAAAAAGUC